AUGAACACAUUGCUUCGUGCUCCCAUUCAGACCCAGACCCAGAUGCAACAAAGAGAGUUUUCAAUUGUAAAGCACAACUAUGAAAGGAAACAUGCAAAUGACCAAACAGUCAUCUUUUCAGAUGAAAACCAGAUGGACCUCACUGCAAGUCACACGGUGAUGAUUUCCAAAGGCCUUGUAGAUUGUACCAAAAGUGAAAAGUCCACCAAGAUAGAUACCACAUCCUUUCUGGCUAACUUAAAGCGCCAUGCUGAGAAUUCAAGAAUGAAAGAAGAAUUGAAAUUUUCCAUGGAUCAAAACACUUCCUCAGAAGAGAAAAUAAAUUCCAAUGACUUCAUAAAAAGAUUGAAAGCAGGAAAGUAUAGUGCUUGUCCUACAGGACCUGAUAAAGAAAAUUCUGAAAUACCUAUUUAUUCUAAACAAUCAAAUAGUGCCUCUUCUAUACAUCAAAUGCAUUUAUCACUUAAUGUAGAUGAGAAUAGUAGUAAUAUGACUAGAAUUUUUAGAGAACAAGAUGAUGAGAUGAAUUUUACCCAGUGUCAUACAGCCAAUAUUCAGACGUUGGUUCCCACAUCCAGCGAGGCUGACUUUGUAGAAUUUAAAGGUGAUAAUACAGUUUAUGGCGAUGAUUGUAUGGACUUGACCGCCAACCAGACUAUGCAGGUUUUACCCUCAGUAGAUAAUUUAUCUGAAGCAGAAAAUCAAACUCAGAAUAUUAUGAUGGAUGUUACAACAGUUCGUGAAACUAAAGCUCCAGGAAAGAAAACAAUCUUCAAGCAUAAACUAAAUGCUGCUUUUCAAGAUCCUUUCUUAAGCCCUCAACAUAAAAUACAUAUUACCAGAAGUCAUAUUAUGGGGCCAGAAACUCAAACAGUCUCAGAGACUUCUAAUCAAGAUGCCAGAACAUCAGCUAUGACCUCAGAAUCUAUAUGUUCUGGUCCAGCUAUUCAAGGUUAUAAGACAGUUUUUUAUUCUAGUUGUAAUGAUGCCAUGGAACUGACCAAGUGUCUCUCAAGUAUGAGAGAGGAGAGAAAUUCGAUGGAGCCUGAUGGUAAUUAUUCUAAAAUAUGUCCCAAUCCAGAUGCCAGUCCUCUUCUCAUAGAGAAAACUAUUUAUUCAGGGGAAGAUAGCAUGGACAUUACCAAGAGUCACACAGUUGCAAUAGAUAAUCAUAUUUUUAAACAGGAUCAGGCAAAGGUGCCAAUAACAGCUGCACCAAUAUCUAAAAACGAAAGGAUGCUCCAGAAUCACAUAACUCUUUCAAAAGAUGGGGAAACAAAUGUAAAUGAUAGCUUAGUUCCUGUAGUAUCUAAGGACAGAAUACAGCAGAAUCUGACAAAUUCUUUAUCUAUUUCAUUAACUAACAGAAAGACUGAACUCUUAGCAAGUGAAGACAUGGAUUUAACUAAAAGUCACACAAGUAACUUAAGUCAAGCUCCUCUUGCAUCUUACAAUCUAGCAUCAGAGAAUAUUACUAAAUCUUUCUCUUGGAACAGAAGCCCUUCAGAUAAGUGGGAACACAUGAACAAAAGUCAUAUCAAACCAUCCCAACAACCAAACAUGAUACCUAAAAAUAUCCUAACUGAUACCCGGGGCAAAGGAAAACAUCAAAUUUUGAAGAUUUCACCCAGUCUUUCUAAAGAUUCUCCUUCAGCAGCUGAUUAUAAUCAGGACAUCACAACAAACCAUAAUGUGGCCUACUGUGCUACAGUUCUCGAUAAACAAAUGGCACUAGGAAAUAAUGGAAGUACAGUUUCAAGUGAGCAAUCUUCAUUUUCUACCACAAAGCCAUUAUUUUCAUCAUCUGAUUGUCUGCCUAGACAACCUGCCAUGAAAAAUCAGAAUACCGUUAUGAGUAGUCAGUUAACUAAAUCUGUACAAGGCCAGAGUUCUAACCUGCCUGAGCCACUGAAGGGAAACAUAGAAGAUCCCACACCUGACUCUUCGCAUGACAAGGUGAUUAUUUGUUCAGAAGAGGAGCAAACUAUGGAUCUAACCAAGAGCCAUACUGUUGUCAUUGGAUUUGGUUCUUCUGAAGUACAAGAAUUUAGUAAGAGUAAUUUGGGACACAGAAUGAGCCAGCUUACAACAGUAAGCAGACAGAUGGCUAUAAAAAUUGAAAACUGCAAUAAAAGUCUUCUAGAAGAAACUGGAGCACUUACAUUUAAUGAUAAUAUGGAUGUGUUAGAGGACAAAAGUGUACAAAAAUCAGGACUUCUGAAGGAAAGACAAAAUGUCAAAAUUUAUGAGAGGAAAAGUGUUGAUGGACUAAAAAUUAAUAAGACGAUUGUAUUUUCAGAGGGUGGUGAAAAUGAUAUGGAUAUCACUAAGAGUUACACAGUAGAAAUAAACCAUAGACCUUUAUUAGAAAAUUGUGACUCCCAUUUGGUGCCUGUGGCAGGAACUUCUAAAACUAUUUUGUAUGGAUGUGGGCAGGAUGAAAUGGAAAUCACUACAAGUCACACAACUGCACUAGAUUGUAAAACUGUCUUAUCAGAUGACAUAACUACUAGGCCUGUGGAGAAGACUGUAAUGUUUGUAGAUAAUUAUGAUGAACUAGAAAUGACAAAGUCCCACACUGUGUUCAUUGACUGCCAAGCAGAGGAGAAAACAGUACUUCCAGACAGACCUAACUUUGAAAUAUCUAAAAGGAAAAGCCUACAAAAAUCGAAAAUGACAUCUCUUGCUGAAGAGAGUAUUUUCUUUUCAGAAAAUGGUGAAAGCAACCAUCUAGCAGCAAAAGACAGUCAGCUAACAGUGCUGGAGGAGUGUUCUAGUCAUCAUCCUAGAGAGGGAGCUGUAACAUUUAUAGCUGAUGAUAACAUGGAAAUGUCUAAAUUAACCACUUGGAAAAAUGUCAAAGAUGUACAAAAGGCUGGAUUUCUGAAUGAACCUGUGUCAGGCAAAAGUCAAAGAAGAAAAAGCCUUAGGCUCAAAAAUGACAAGACCAUUGUAUUUUCAGACAAUGAUAAAAAUGAUAUGGAUGUCACCCAGAGUUGUAUGGUAGAAGUAAAUAACAGAAGUACCCUGGAAGAUAAAGAGGACUUUAAUUUGGAGCCUUUGGCAGGAACUUCUAAAACUGUUUUGUAUGAAUGUGGGCAGGAUGACAUGGAGACCACUAGAAGUCACCCAACUGCCUUAGAAUGUGAAACUGUCUCCCCAGAUGAAAUAACUACUAGGCCUGUAGAUAACACUGUAGUGUUUGUAGAUAAUCACAAUGAUUUGGAAGUCACCAAGUCCCACACUGUUUUCAUUGAUUGUCAAGCCACAGAGAAAGUACUUCAAGAGUACCCCAAAUUUGGAAUAGCAAGAGGAAAAACCUUGAGUACUUAUUUUCCUAAGAAUGAUAACUGUGUUCAAGAAAUCACUAAAAAAGCAGCACAGUCUAUAGAAAACAAAAUUGUUUUUCACCCUGAGCAAAAGCAUAAUACAACAGCCCCUAUUCCUACUACUAAUACAUGGUCUAGGGGUCAAGGUAAGAUGGAAAUUACCGAAUUCCAUGGAGCCGAUACAGAUGAGGCCAUAGGGAAAAUUGUAAACCAAGCCUAUACAUCAGAAGAUGUAAAAAUUGAAAGUUGUCACUUAAGUAGGACAGAUAGAAAAAAUGAGGGUUUUACAAACCAUCAUAUUGUUGCCAUUGGUGGGUCCAGUGAUAAUUGUUCCUCUUUACCAAAUGUUAUUUCCUCUUUUGAUAAUUUGGAGAAUAAUGUCACAUCCAUACACUAUGAUAAAAAUAAUGAGAAUGCCAGUGAUUGCCCUGUGCAAAAUGAUCAUGCUUACACAGAUGCUUUAGCCAGUGAAUAUUACUUGAAAUCUGAGAGACCACCUCUCUCUGCGCCUUGUCCAUUGUUAGAGAAGGAAGAAACUAUUCAAACUGGUUCUAAAGGACAGUUAGACUGUGCCAUAAAACUAUGCAGAGAUCAGGAUCUGAUUAGAGAGCCUAAAAAUCUAUUAGCUAAUCAAGCUUUAGUACAUAGUCAAAAUCUGGGGGAGACAACUAAGCUUAAUUCAAAGUAUGUAUCUUUCAAGCUUCCAAAGGAUCAAGUGGAGGCCUUUACUUAUGUUGCUUCUCAGCCUCAUCUCUCAACCCAACAACAACAGACUAUUGACAAUAAAGAUGAAGCAAUACUGUCUAAAGCUGGAAAUUCCUCUGUAUCGACCUGUGAAAAAGAGUCCAAAAUGCUUGGUAAUGAGAAACACUUUGCUAUAGCCUGUAAAAAAGAACUUAAAGAAAAUACUGAAACAACUAAGUGUAAUGCAGCCGUAGAUUUCCAUAGCAACUCAGACUUGACUACACAGGUCAUUCAAACCCACGCCAAUGUUAGAGAAGCAUCAGAAUCUAUGAUUGCAUCUAAUGCUCCACGUUUUAGUAGUGUCAAACCAAAUCUGAAUAAUUUGAGUGAAAAAACUGAAGAGAUUUUAGAUUUUCGAACUGUUCAUAUGCUACCUCCUUCAGAACAAUUACUCGAAUUAGGAAAUAAGACAUGCAAUAAUAGGAGAAUAGUGCAAGCAACAGAAAUACAUAAUGUAGUCUCCAAUGAUGCUGCAGAUAGUAGAGAUGAAGAAAAUAAAAAGUUUCUUAAUGGAGCUGAAACUACCUCUGCACCAUUAAAGACAGCUGUUAAAGACAAAAUGAGGAGAUGCUCUUUGGGAAUCUUUUUACCCAGAUUGCCGAACAGGAGAAAUUGUAGUGUCACUGGUGUGGAUGACCUGGAGCAGAUUUCAGUAAAUACAGCUGACAUAAGUCACUUAGAAAACCAACCAAUCUCUAGCAAGGAUACAGGCACUGGAGCUGUUGCAGCCAAACUGAACUUAAGUCCAUCUCAAUAUAUAAAUGAGGAAAAUCUUCCUGUAUAUUCUGGUGAGAUUAAUUCCUCAGACUCUAUUAGCAUAGAAAUUGAAGAAAAGGCUUUGGUUGACACUUACCAAAAAGAGAUUUUACUAUCUGAAAGCAAAAUGGAAGACACCUACAAUAUCCAAAAGAGAUCCAGGGUACAACAAGAAGAUGCUGUUCCACAUGAGAAAAAGAUGAGAAAAGAUGAGAUUAAACUUGCUGAUACUACACAAGAUCAGGAGGGGUUUGAUCACUGUAGUGAAGAAGAUAUGGAUAAAAAUGUUUACAGCGUAUUGGCAAAAAGCCUGAGCAGGACUCCAUCUAGUUGCAGCAGCUCUCUGGAUUCAGUCAAGGCUGAUGGGACCUCUCUGGACUUCAGCACAAACAAUAGUCAAAUGGAAUCACAGUUUCUCAGUGACAGUGUUUGUGAAGAGAGCUUAAGGGAGAAACUCAAAGAUGGGAGUAUUACAAUAAGAGAGUUCUUCACACUUCUUCAAGUCCACAUCUUGAUACAGAAACCCAGGCAGAGCAAUCUCCCAGGCAAAUUUGCUAUAAACACAUCACCUACUCCAGAAGACCUGAUGUUAAGACAAUAUGUUUAUGGACCCAAGAUACAGCUUUAUAGAGAAGAUUGUGAGGUUCUUCGCCAAAAGAUUGAAGAAUUAAAGGUUUCUGCAAUGAGCCAAGAUAAACUCUUGACUGAUGUAAAUAGAAACUUGUGGGAGAAAAUGAGACACUGCUCUGAUGAAGAGCUGAAGGCCUUUGGGACUUACCUUAACAAAAUAAAAUCGUGUUCUACCAAGAUGACUAAAGUCUUCACUCACCAAGGAAAGGUGGCUCUGUACAGCAAGCUGGUACAAUCAGCUCAGAAUGAGAGGGAGAAACUUCAGAUGAGGAUAAAUGAGAUGGACAAAAUACUUAUGAAGAUCAAUAACUGUCUCGCUGAAGUGGAAAUAGAAACUAAGAAUUUGGAAGAUGAAGAGAAAGAUAAUCCUAUGGAAGAACAGGGUUCUGAAAUGAGAGCUGCAGAGAAAGAACUGGAACAGCUGAAAGCUGAAGAGGAGCAGCUUCAAAGAAAGCUAUUAGAACUGGAGGUUCAGAAAAAGCAGACCCUUGCUCAUCUAGACUCUGCACAAAAUCAAAUAAAUAGAACUGAAAAGCUGCUGGAUCAGUUGAG